CCCUCCCGGAAGGCGUGAGAUCUUCGUGGAGCCUGUUGUCGCGCCUCCCUCAUAAGAACCCAGCAGCCCUCGUAAGGCAAGAAGGCAAAAACUCCACUCAAUUCACUUACAGGCAGGAGACUACCUGCCUGCAUUGUGUGUCCGCUUGACUGUCCUUCCUCCCUCUCUCUCUGUAUGUCUCUCUCCUUCUCCAUAUUUGUCCCAGGUUGGCAGGUGCGUCACACCAUCAGUGGUUGGUUCAUCUCGCCCAAGGUGCAGCACUGAGGAAAGGUGGAAGAGUGAGUGAGGGGCGGCAGCACACACACCACACAGCAGGAGCACCAACGCACCCCGAGACCGACAGAGAGCUGAUCUGAUAGACGGGAGUGACAGCGCUUUUGCUUGAGGAACAUGAACGGCCGCGAUAGGGAUAGAUCUCGGGACAGGGACAGGGACAGGGACAGGUCGAGGGACAGGGACAGGGACAGAGACAGAGAUGUGACGUCCAUUCCGAUAGACGACGCCGACUCAGCCUUCCUCAUCGGCCGCCAAGGGCGCACCAAGGAGGUAACCCUUGGUAUUACCAGGACGAUGCAGAGACUGUGGAAUGUGGGCUGAUCUGUGCUGGGUGGCAGAAACUGAUGCGUGUGUCGGGAGCUAGCCUCGAGAUCAACGAGAAGGGUGGGUGAGCAGCGAGUGGGUGGGUGGCUGCAGACCGCAUCAGCACAGAGGACGCACUCUUUGCAUGUUAUGUUAAGGGGAGAGGUGGGCGCAUCUGUGUGCCUGUGUAUGCCUCUGUGUGUGUGUGUGUGUGUGUGUGCGCGUGUGUGCGUCUGCGACCCUCACAGACAUGACGAUGGAGGUGCGCGGGACGGACAGGGAGCGCGACAAGGCCGUCACCUACAUCACACUCGUCAAGGCACAGCGCAGGGGCACCGUCACACUCACACGCGAGCAGGAGGAGCGGGACGACAUCACGACCUUCGAGGUGCCCAUGACCUGCGUCGCAUACGUCACCGGUAGGGAGAUAAUGAGAGACGAGACUAGACGAGCAGACAGACACAGACACAGCUACACAUGACAUGCUGGUGGUCGUUGGCUGGGUGGUUGGUAUGUGCAGGCAAGGACGGGUUUGUGUUGCGUGAGAUGGAGAAGGAGUGGGGCGUCAUCAUGUUCUUCGUGCGGCGCGAGUCCGACGAGCGCGCCGACAAGGACUACGACCAGCGGGAGUUUGAAGUCCUCGCCAUCUUUGGAGAGCUACGCGGCAGGCGGGGCGCGGAACUCAAGGUACGUGCCGUGCCCACACACACGUGUGUGAGGGGAUGUGGGUGGCUGUGCGUGUGGGUGUGUGGUGUAGGUGAUGAGUGCGAUUGAGCAGAAGCUGCCGGGAUACUUCACGAGCCGUCUCGAGACCCACACCAGCGACGAAGAGGGGUUCGGCACCGACGUCUACAUCAUACCCGAAAACGACUUCUCAUACGCACUGGGUGGGUGUGCACACAUUGGCACACACCAGACGCGCGGGUGCAUGCAUAUGGCCAUUCCACACAUCCAUUCAUCCAUCUGUGUGUCUAUCUAUUUCUGUGCGCGUCGAUCGCAUCCAUCGUGCAGGCAAGGGCGGCGCCACCCGCCGCAAGCUGGCCACGGCUGCCAGCUGCAUACUCGAGUACGUCGGAUUCGCGGCACACCUCUGUGGUGGGUGGACAGACACUGCACACACACGACAAACACCACAACCACACCGACGGGCAAUUGUCAAGGUGGCGUAAGUGCUCUAUGUGUGUGUGUGUCUGUGGUCGUUCGUAUGUGUGUCUGUCAUGUCAGGCACUCGUAAGCAGCGCCGCCGCUGCCUGGAGUACCUGCAGUGGCUGUGCACGCAGAGGGAGAAGAACGUCAAGGUGGAUGUCGAGGAAAGGUAGGCGGGGGGGGCGGACCGAGCUGCCAGCCAGCAAAUAAAUAGUGGUGGAUUUUGUCGCUUUUUCUUUUGUCAGGGAGGACGUCACUGUGGUGGACAUAGCAGAAAAUGACGUCGCGUGGGUGACUGGUAAAGGAGCGCACACAGACAGACAGACAGAGAGACAGACAGACAGACAGACAGGACGAUGGGAUAGGACAGGAACAUCCUGGAGUGCCGGCGUCUGCACAGGUUCCAAGGGCACGGCGCUCCGCGCCCUCGAGAAGGACACGGGCACCUUCUGCUUCAUCGACACUGGCGGGUAAGCAGAGCAACCAUACCAUACACACAUGGCAUCACGCACUCCAAGUGACAGCCUCACCUACCUUUCUUUGUCCAUCCAUCGGUCCUUGUGUUGUGCAGCAAGGACGGCAAGGAGCGUCUGCUGAUAUUUGCCGAGAAGCCCGACGACCGUCGCCGCGCCCGCGAGAUGCUGAUGGACCGGCUGGACAUGAAGCACGACAGAGAGCGGGCCUGGGCACGGGACGACCCUGACCGUGGCGGAGGAUUCCGACGUGUCAGUAGGGUUGGAGGGAGGGGUGGGAUGACCAGACAGACUGCACCACACAGGGGAUCUGAUCUUGCUGCGGAUGCGAUGCAUGCGUGCAUUGUCCGUCUGUCUGUCUUGUUGCUUGCGGGUAUGUGUUGUGUUAAAUACUAUGUGCAGGACCGGGACCGUGAUCGGGAUCGGGAUCGUGAGUGGUGGCGCCGCGACAACGACUAUGACAGGCAGGCAUGGCACACACAUGGCAUGGACAGACAGACAGACACUGACUGGAGCCGAGCCGAUACACACAAUCGACAAGUGUGUGGUGCUUUGGUUGCGAAUGCAUUGCGUGUGAGUGACUACAGGGAUAGGGACAGAAGAUACCGCGACGACAGGUGAGUGCUGUGCUGUGGUGUUGGCGGAUGGAUGGGAGGCACUUUGACUGAGCUCCAUGGUGGGCUCCGUGCGCGUGUGUAUGUGUUUUGUUUGUGCAGUCCUGACCGUCGCCGCCAUUCAGACCGAGACCGAUACGACGACCGCGACAGAUAUGACGACCGGUAUGCCCCCACGACUCACAGGGCAGCGACAACAAGACACGGUCGAUGUUUCUCUCUCUCGUACCUGCGUGUGGUGUCUGUCCAUUCCAUCAGGAGCUAUGACCGCCGCCGUGACCGGGGCAACCGCGAUGACGACUACGACCGCCGUCGUGAUCGUGAUCGGUACUCGCGCAGGGACAGAUCGCGCUCACGGUGAGUUGGGGGGGUGAGGCAGCCAGCAGAGAGCUGUGUUGUCCGUCCGGUGUGGGCAGAGACUUGAUCUGACCGAUGAUAGAUCAGUACUACCUGCCUGCCUGCCUGCCUAGUCCAUCCAUCCAUCCACCUCUACCUAACUAACCCAUCCCACCAUCAUGCGAUGAGCCAGGGCAGCCAGUUCAUCAUCACUGACUGCAUGAGUGCAACAACACCCUCUCCACCCUACCUACGUUACCUACAUGGCCAACACGGCAUCGCAUCAUCUACAACACCUUGCUGGCUGGCUGCGUAUGCCUACUUGCCCCUGCACACGCACAUGGACCAAACUAAUGAAUGCAACGAAUGCAGACGCACCCUCUUCUCUCUCUCUGUUUCUCUGUGCGCGCGCGCGUGUGUGUGCGUUUGUUCAGAUCUUACGACCGUCGAUGAGCAUUGAUCGAGCGAGCGGGAACUUCACGUGACUGCCUAAUGAAUGAAGAUUGCUGAAUGGCGGGAGGGUGGGCGGUGCAUGCUGUGCGCUCGGUAGUGAUGCGAUGCAGGUGGGUGGCCUGGAUGAGUGAAUGAUGAGUGGAUCAGGGUGACUGAGGGGACUGAGAGAGGGAGGGAGUGACGGACGGACGGGAGGGGAGGCGGGUGGUCGUUGCGUGAGUGGAUGGCGAGGGACACCACUGAGCUCGAGAUGCAUGGCAUCUGCAUGGUAAUUGGUUUGUGGACGGACAGGGCAUUUCAUUCACAGUCAAGUUUUAAGCCA